GCGUCAUCUUAGUGAACCAUUCAGAGAGGAUUGCGAUCACAACACGGAAGCAGCGCAUGGACACCAAACUGACAGCCUUUAAUCCGUUACAUACACGCUACACAUAAUAAUGCCGUUUACUCCACGGUGAUAAAACUGAUACAACAGGAACUGUAGAUAACUUUGUUUAUUUUAGAUGGCUUUUUCAAGUUUUCUCGUUUUUGUGCCAAUUGCUUUUGCAGUUUUAUCUGUUGCUUUCGCCAUAAACGGAGAAUUUCCGGCCAUGCCGGCUCCUCUCCCCGCAGCCGCGGGGAUCUGCUCUCUGGCCGGGAUGGCGCUCCUGUGGAGAGACAUCAGCAGCAAGAUGAAGGGGGAAAACCGGACCGUAGGCAGCCUGUUGAGCCAGUAUCUGGCGGUGAAGUUUGUGGGCUGGCUGGGUGGACGGCAGAGGAGGAAACUGGAGGCUGAUACGCUCAAGGUGAAGCAGGUCCAGGAGGAGACGCUGCUGAAGCGGCUGCGGAAAAACGCAGACACGUGUUAUGGAAGACAGUACGAAUUCAGCUCUAUUGAAGACGCAGAAGGCUUCCGGGCGCGUCACCCCAUCACCACGUAUGAGCACUAUCGAGAAUUCAUCAAGCGCAUCGCAGCCGGAGAAGAGAAGGUUAUCAUUGCUGAGAAGCCGGUGAUUCUGGCCAUGACCUCUGGGACGUCGGGACCCAGUGCCAUGUUGCUCAGCACCAAGGACACCAACACGGAGUUCUUCUUGCAGGGGGUGACUGUGUGUUUAGAUGCCAUGAGACGGGCAUUCUCAGAUACCGACAGCCUUCAGCGCACCACCAAGUUCUUCUACACGCCUACGUUUCGCCAGUCUGAGGCGGGGAUUCCCAUUGGGCCUAACUCUUCCACCCCGGCCUCAUCCCGCCACAUGCUCAACCUCUAUACUACUCCAGCUCCUGCCUUUGAGGUUCCUAGUGAGAAGGACACCUUGUACCUGCACCUGCUGUUUGCCCUGAAGGAUCCCAGUGUCGGAACACUGGAGUCCAACUUUGCUUCCACAGUUUUCUAUGCGUUCACUGCCCUACAGGAGCGCUGGCAGGAGCUGGUGGAAGACAUUGAAAGAGGGGAAAUCAGUGGUGCUCUGUCCUUGGAUCCCAAAGUGAGAGCCGGGCUGGAAGCGCUAAUGAAGCCAGACCCACGUAGGGCUGCUCAGCUCCGGCCUCUCUUCCAGGACGGCUUCAGCGGGAUCGCCAAGCUCCUCUGGCCUGAUCUCCACCUGGUGCUGGCCGUGGACUCGGGCUCCAAUCAGAUCUACGGUGAAAUGUUAAGAGACAACUACUGCAAAGGCGUGCCCUUUUAUUCACCUUUCUAUGCUGCCACUGAAGGUCUGAUAGGGGUGAACCUGUGGCCUCAGGAAGCAAGCAGACGUUACCUACUAUGUCCGCGCUCGAUGUUUUGCGAGUUCCUGCCAGAGAACAGCCUCGAGGAGGAGUCGCCACAAACGCUGCUGAUGGGGGAGGUGAAGGAGGGAGACAGCUACGAACUGGUUGUCACAAACGCCUCAGGACUUUUCAGAUUUCGAAUUGGAGACAUUGUGAAGGUUGUUGGGUUCCAUAACCAGUGUCCUAUCGUGGAGUUCCAGUACAGGCGGGGUCAGAUGCUGAAUGUUCGAGGGGAGAAAUUGUCUGAGGCAUUGUUCCUUGGUGCGUUGAGGAAAGCUGUCGCUCAAUGGCCUGGAGCUCAGCUGAUCGACUACUCCUGUGCCGAGAGCGGCAUCUUGGGAGAUUCAAUCGGUGGCUCAGACCCUCAUUACCAGGUGUACAUAGAGCUGAAAGGUGUAAGGAAUCUUACAGAGGAGCAGCGAUAUAAGCUGGACGUUUGUCUCCAGCAGGACUCUGCUGUGUACAAGUCCUUCCGCAUUAAAGGCAGCAUUGGGCCUGUCCGGGUUCAGCUCGUGGCACAGGGAGCCUUCAAGGAGCUCCGUAAACAGAUGAUGGAGUACACGAACACAUCGCCCAACACUUUCAAAAUGCAUCGAGUACUUCGCAGGAAAGAAUAUGCAGACUUCCUGUUGGGAAAAACAGUCUCCUGAAAUGAGACGGGACUCGUGGAUGGUGUGAUGAGCGCUGACUGAGCGGUGACAUAUCCCCGGCUUUAUUUACCGUUCAUGACUGAACUCAUGAACUGUGUCUUUGGGAGGUGUGAAACACCAAAAACACCAGUCAUGCAGUCAUCUCUGACGUUAGAAAUAUGCUCAGUGUUGCAAUUAUACAAUUCUCAUCCGGUGUCUUAACUUUAUUGACAAAGCACAUCCUUUCAAGGGUUGAAUAAGAAUUCAAAUAAUGCAUUUGACUGUUUGUAUUUUUCCAGCUAUAUUUACAUGACUGUAGAAGACAGUUUUACCACAGUUUUUGUCACCGGCACCUUGCAGAACCUAUGCAAGGUACAAUGAUGUCAAAAUGAAGCCCUAUGCAGUAAAAACUGUAUCAGAGAACUGGUUUGAGUAUGUAUUUUUCAAACCACCAUUUUAUUAUUUAUUGCUAUAAAGAAUUUCUAUAUAAUGUAAAGCAUUUAAAUUAGUUUAAAUUUUCUGACAUUCUGCAUGAGAUGAUGCCAUCUGGUGUUAAUGAAUGUUCCUGCAACAACACAUUAAUUUUCUUAUAAAUGGAACAAAAUUUGGCAAGAUUUAUAUCUAAUAAUAAACUGUGGCUUCAGUUCAUAGAAAAGUGUCUUAUUUAGAAAUAAAGAUUUGUUACUUUUGCAA